CGCAAAACACGCCUCAACUUCCACAGUUAAACAAGCGUGGAUUGCUAAGAAGUACUUUAUAAUAAUUUAUAUGUAUUGUAUUUUAACGAGUACAUGACUUACCCAUCAUUGUAGUCUCUGCAACCUUUGGGGAAAUCAAGCCGACGCGAUUCAAUCAAGCACGAUGUUCAAAAAAUUUGAUGAGAAAGAAAACGUGUCCAAUUGUAUCCAGCUGAAAACAUCGGUGAUUAAAGGAAUCAAGAAUCAGCUAUUGGAACAGUUCCCGGACAUUGAGUCAUGGCUCAAUCAUAUAAUGCCCAAAAAGGAUCCUGUCAAAAUAGUGAGAUGUCAUGAACACAUUGAAAUUUUGACUGUCAAUGGAGAAUUGCUUUUCUUCAGACAAAGGGAAGGGCCAUUCUACCCCACUCUCCGACUGUUGCAUAAAUAUCCAUUUAUUCUCCCACACCAGCAAGUGGACAAAGGGGCGAUCAAAUUUGUCUUAAGUGGAGCUAACAUCAUGUGUCCUGGCCUAACAUCACCUGGUGCUAAACUUUAUCCAGCUGAGGCUGACACAGUAGUUGCUAUAAUGGCUGAAGGUAAACAACAUGCACUCUGUGUUGGCGUCAUGAAGAUGUCUGCUGAAAACAUAGAAAAAGUCAACAAAGGAAUUGGGAUUGAAAAUGUCCAUUAUUUGAAUGAUGGAUUAUGGCACAUGAAGACGUAUAAAUGAGAAUUUGCACCUGCAAUGCAAGAUCAGAAAAAGCAGAGGUUCUGAAAGAGACACUGUUUAGUUAUGGACUUGCCGGGUAACCGGACACAUCAUAAAUGUGUUUGUGGGCAAGCAAAAAAAAAAUAUCCAUAAAAAUCAGUUAAAUAAUUAAUUUGGAAUUUAUGUUCUGUCUGUACCAAUAAAUGAGGCACCUGCUGCCAUGUACUGGUCUAGGAUGUCAGUUUGCCUUCAUUAUUCUAUUUAGACUUUGCCUGAAUAGAAAUACAUUUAUUUUCCAUUGAAACUGAUUUGAGGUAUACUCAACUUAAUAUUAAAAUUUUACCUAUUUAUAAUAAAAGUGAAAUUUCUGUAGUUGUAUGGUUAAUGGUCUAUUCAUAUUUGUGUGAUGGAUUGCUAUAUCACCCACCCACAGACACAAUUUAAAGUUAAGUUGGUU